CACAAUAGCGCUUGGUCUGGUUUGCUACGGGACGCCCGGAAACACCAAGAAUUGAAGCAAACCGAGGUUGCCGGCAGGCAGUGGUGGUCAGUGUUGGGCUUAACUGUUUGCUUUAGCCGUGACUGUAGUUGAAAAGGGCGCCUUCGCUGUUGCCAAAGGAUCCUGAGCACACAGGUGUGAUGGCGAAGCGAGCCAAGGAAGCCCGAGCGGAGGAUUCCGAGCCUUCGGAAAGCGAGAGCGGGUCAUCGUCUAGCUCCAGCGAGCGAAAGCAACCGAAGGAAACGCAACCGAAGAUGAUUGACAUGAUCAUCGACGCGUUGAAUAACAUGGAUGACAGGAAAGGUGCAUCUCCCAUGUACCUCAAGAAAUUCAUACUCGGCAAGUACCCCGAAAUGGACACUCCGCUUUUCAGAGCGAAAUUUAAGAGAACCUUCAUAAAGGCAAUCGAGAACAACAUAGUGGUAAGGACAAAAGCAACAGAGCACGCUGAAGGUGUGACUGGGCGAGUCAGGCUGGCCACGAAGACGAAGCCUCGCAAGAAAAUUGCAGCUUCAGGACCAUCGUCAACAGAACAAUCUUCAGCUUCAGGGAAGUCAUCGAAGGCCUCGGGAACAAAGGCUAAAGGUGCGGACGGCGGGACGAAAAAACUUUCAUCCGGCGAAGCGAAGGCCAAGAAGGGCGCUGGUGGGGAAGCGAAGGCCAAGAAGGGCGCUGAUGGAGAGGCGAAGGCCAAGAAGGGCGCUGAUGGAGAGGCGAAGGCCAAGAAGGGCGCUGAUGGAGAGGCGAAGGCCAAGAAGGGCGCUGAUGGAGAGGCGAAGGCAAGAAGGGCGCUGAUGGAGAGGCGAAGGCCAAGAAGGGCGCUGAUGGAGAGGCGAAGGCCAAGAAGGGCGCUAGCGGGGAGCCGAAGACCGGUAAAGGCGCUGGUGGGGAGUCGAAGGCAAGAAAGGGCACUGUGGGCGAGGCGAAGGUCAAAGUGGCUACCACUAAGGCGAAGACUGGCAGGGUGGCUACUGGCGGUGCGAAAACCCAGACUGCUGCUGCCGCCGACAGCGAGAAAGCCAAAAUGGGUGCUGCCGGUAAGACCAAAAGGCGUGCCGCCGGCAACGCAAAGACAAAGGGCAUGCUCAAAGAAAUCGAUGAGGCGGCCGAGCACUCCAGCGAAGGCGAAGAGGAAGCGGCCGAGCACUCCAGCGAAGACGAAGAACAAGCUGCCGUGCACUCCAGCGAAGGGCAGGAGGAGGAGACGGCGGAUGAGCCCAAGACUGGAGGCGAGGAGGAGGAUGCCGAGCGCUCCAGCGAAGGCGAGAAGGACGAGAGCGAGCCCACCACCAAAGGCGAGGAAGUGAAAGAACGUGCCACUGAAAACGAGAUGGAGGAUAGCGCCAGCGAAGCGGAGAUGGAGGACCUUGCCAGUGAAGAUAACAUGGAGGAUCCAGCCAGCGAAAGCGACGAUGAGUCUAGCGCCAUCACUUCAAAGAAGGGCAGGCACGCCGAAGCCAGUCCUGCCACUAGCGCCAACUCAAAGACAGAGCAGAUAAAACGUGCGAAGAUAGUCAAGCUCAGAGAACCCGUAGAAACUGCCCCCGAGUCUGAUUCUGAACCACCACAGCCUCGUCCGAAACCAGCGCGUCGAGGGAGGAAGAAAUGAAACAUUCGGCAGCAUGCUGUGCACGACAUUAAGCCUUUAAUAGCAUGUUUUUAUCAUUGCCGAGGACGACAACGUUUCAUGCGUUGGCGCAAAUUGUUUUGGCUUUUAAAUCAUGUGAAGAACACAGCUUAAUGUACCUGUAGACAGAAAAUAAA